AUGGCCUCCCUGGUCUCUAGGACACCUGACCCUGGCCUGUCCCCAGGCAGGAGGAGAGCGAUGUGUUGGGUCAGCACCGUCAGGAUCAUGGCGGCAGAGGAGACGCACUGGCCCGUGCCCAUGAAGGCCAUAGGUGCUCAGAACCUGCUAACCAUGCCUGGGGGCGUGGCCAAGGCUGGGUACCUGCACAAAAAGGGGGGUACCCAGCUACAGCUGCUCAAAUGGCCCCUUCGCUUUGUCAUCGUCCACAAGCGCUGUGUCUAUUACUUCAAGAGCAGCACCUCCCCGUCCCCGCAGGGCGCCUUCUCGCUGAGUGGCUACAACCGGGUGAUGCGGGCAGCAGAAGAGACCACGUCCAACAACGUCUUCCCCUUUAAGAUUGUCCACGUCAGCAGGAAGCACCGCACGUGGUUCUUUUCAGCCUCCUCAGAGGAUGAGCGCAAGAGCUGGAUGGCCCUGCUACGCAGGGAGAUCAGCCACUUCCAGGACAAAGAGCCGCCCCUGGAUGCCAGUGACUCCAGCUCGGACCCAGACAGGUUCUAUGGUGUGGUGGAGCGGCCGGUGGACAUCAGCCUUUCCUUGUACCCCACGGACAACGAAGACUACGAACAUGACGAUGAGGACGACUCGUACCUGGAGCCCGACUCCCCCGAGCCCGGGAAGCCCGAGGACGCCCUGAUCCACCCGCCCACCUACCCGCCGCCCCCUGUGCCCACGCCCAGGAAGCCGGCCUUCUCCGAGGUGCCCCGUGCCCAUUCCUUUAUCUCCAAGGGCCCAGGACCCCUGCUGCCACCCCCACCCCCUAAACGAGGCCUCCCAGAUGCAGCCCUGACCCCUGAAGACGCCAAGAGAGAGCCAUUGCAGCGGUGGGCAGAGCCCGGCCCCAGGGCGCCUGCCCCACCCCGGAGGAUGAGCGACCCCCCACUGGGCAGCAUGCCUGCAGCGCCCAGCCUCCGCAAGCCCCCUUGCUUCCGGGAGAACACCUGCCCCAGUCCGGAGCUCCGACUCCCCAGCCACGGGACCGGUGCCGUUUCUGCCACGGCUGCCAGUGAGGCCGGGAGCUGGGAUAAGCUCAAGUCUUUCCACCUGUCCUCCCGGGGGCUGCUCACACCCGAGCCCCCACCUGUGCCGGCCAACAAGCCCAAGUUUCUGAAGACAGCUGAGGCAGCCGGCCCAAGGGAGGUGGUCAGGCCUGGACUCUUUGUGCCCCCUGUGGCCCCCAAACCUCCCGCCCUGAAGCUGCCGGUGCCCGAGGCCCCAGCCCGGCCUGAGAUCUUGCCCAGGCAAGGGGAGCUGCUGCCGGCCCCGCUCCAGCGAUCGCCUCCCGAUGGACAGAGUUUCAGGAACUUCUCCUUUGAAAAGCCCCGUCAGCCAUCGCAGGCGGACACUGGAGGGGAGGACUCAGAUGAAGACUAUGAGAAGGUGCCACUGCCCAACUCGGUCUUCAUCAACACAACAGAGUCCUGUGAAGUGGAAAGGCUGUUCAAAGCCACCAGCCCCCGGCGAGAGCCACAGGAUGGUCUAUAUUGUGUCCGGAACUCCUCCACCAAGUCAGGGAAGGUGCUGGUCGUGUGGGAUGAAGGCUCCAACAAAGUGAGGAACUACCGGAUCUUUGAGAAGGACUCUAAGUUCUACCUGGAGGGCGAGGUCCUGUUUGUGAGUGUGGGCAGCCUGGUGGAACACUACCACACCCACGUGCUGCCUAGCCACCACAGCCUGCUGCUACGGCACCCCUACGGCUAUGCCGGCCCCAGGUGA